UCAGUUUUAUGACACGGCCCAAAAUGAAAUGGAUUUCUCAGUGCAUGUCGCGUUGAUACUGCCCCUUGUGUUCUGUUCAGUGGACGCGCUAAAAUGCUACGUAUGCAAAGCGUACAACGAAACCUACUGCCAAAUCGGCAAUCCUCAUCUAAGGAUUGUGGACUGCGGUCUUGAAGACACCACGUUCUUUUGGUUUUGUCUUUAUAAAGUUUUUGAGCAUACCAACUCAAGUGUGGAGUUGCACUCGUACAGCUGCGAAAGAAUGGGAAGAUUAGAUACUAAAAUUCUCCAAGAGAAAUACUCUUUCGGUUGUGAAAGGAGAGCGUCACCGGCAAUUUUUCCAUCCGCUGCAAAACUUCCGCAUUGCAGACCUGAAGAUGGACAAACAUUAAAGACAUGCAGAGUGUGCUUCACGGAUCUAUGCGCCUUUGCAGACUACUCGGGUAGUGUAACGGUGACAACUAACCUAAUAUUUGUACUUGCAGCAAUCAUUGUUGAUAGUAUACGAUAGUGUGAUUACUUUUCUCCUACCAAACUCCUCCGUCCAUACUCGAAGAGUUUUUCCACCGCUGCUAUUUUGGAACUGGUUUGGUAAUCCCUUCAUAGUCAAUUCUAUUGUUACUAUUUAUUGACGCCUAUCGACAAACACUACACAGACAUCGGAAUGGCUAUCGUAAAAAUACAAAAUGUAAUAAAGAAAACCUGAAACAACA